AUGGGUACCAUGGAUACACCAUGCAUCUAUACCGCUCGCGUCCCUACACCGGUCUCGCACCGGGAGUGCCCGACUAUAGAGAUUCCUUGGCUGACGUACCUUUCUACCACAGCCAGAGAAGACUUGAACCUCACCACAUUUCCGCCGUUUGAAAGCCAGCCCAAGGACAUCUCCAGCAAGCGAGAUUCACCCCUUGAGUUCGCGUUUGACGACGGCAUAGACGAGACCGGCACAAUGGCUUCUGCCACCUCACCAUAUAUCAAGCCGGAGCCCAACGACUUCUUCGACGUCAACCAAUAUUCGCAAUUCCCCCAGGGCCAGCACACUGGUCACAUGAACUCCAACAACAUGAACGUCAACCCCGCCAACCUGACCAAUGGCAACGGCUACAUGUCGUCAAGCUUCAACCUGGGCAAUUCCGGGAUAGCAGAUGACGAGCUGCUUGAUCUCGAGAUCAACAGCCACAACCAGCAAGGCGGCAACUUUGACUUCAACUCAGGCAUGCAAAACUUUCUGAACCAGCAGCAGUUGAAUCAACACAGCAACGUCUUCUCCCACACGCCUGACGGUGGCCCAAUCCAAUCGCCGUUCACAAACGACUUCAACUACGGCCAGUUCCGGCCCGUCGGCCAGCAGCAGCAGCAGCAGUUCGGUGGUCACAGUAUGCCAUCACAAGCCGGCUUUCGGCCUCACAUGCAGCAGCAUCUCGACAGGAAAGUGUCUGACUCACGGUCACCUGCCACCCCCAACACGCCAGGCAUGAACCACCUACAAGUAACUGACGACUACGCACACCCCGGCAUGCAACCAAUUCAACAUCGACAGCAAGGUUCCAUCGGCAACGGUUGGGAUAGCACACCAAGCGGCCACAGCUGGGACGCCUCAUCACCAUUCCCAUCACCUGCCAACGGCCAACCAGUUCACGCUCAGAUCUCCGAAGUGCUCAAGAGCACUCACCAUCACAAAGUGGCGUCGUCACUUCCCACCAAGAUGGAGCCUGGUACCGGCGGAGGUCCACCAUUCCCCACUUCACAGGAACAGAAGCGACGUCGGCGGCGCGAGUCUCACAACUUGGUGGAGCGACGCCGUCGCGACAACAUCAACGAGCGCAUCCACGACCUUGGCACGCUUGUGCCACAGCACCGACUCGAAGAUGAGAAGGUGCGCAAGCACUUGCAGACCAAUGCGCCACUCUCGCCAUCCAUUGCCAACGCCACUGGCAUGUCGCCACCCAACGCAUCCUCCUUGCUCGGCGGCCAGCGUCGCUCAGGCGCCGGCAACAUCACGCAAGGCCUCCCCAUGGAGGAGAAGGACAAGGGCCCAAACAAGGGUGACAUCUUGAACGGAUCCGUCGCUUGGACUCGAGACAUGAUGUGGUACAUGCACCUCAAGCUCCGCCAGGAAGAGGAGCUCAAGGAGCUUGUGCAGCGCCUGGGCGGUAGCUGGCCUUACAACCCCACCGAAGAGGAGAAGCGGAUGCGGUCUGAGAUCCUGGAGAUUCUCAACAAGCACCACCAACUCGGCGGAUUCCCUGGCUACUCCCGAGCACAGGGCUCUGGCUUACGAGUCCCUGGCUACACCAACAUCGCCGGCGACAGCGUCAGCAGUGACCAAUCAUCCAACGGCCAGUCCCUCCCACCGGUGUCGCCAAUGGGCAGCGGCAUCUCACAGCCAUCCAACCAGUACUGGAAUGCCGAGUUCAAGGAGGAAGACGAGUAUGGUAUGGAGAUGAUACCUUAG